GAUGGCAAAUACAUAUUUAAUUACAAAUGAUUAAAGUAUGAUACAAUGUCAUGUCAUACCUCCUAGAGAUAGAAAUGAACUUCACAGACCCACUAAAGGAUGUUUCGGUUCCUGAAAAGAAACAGGCAAAAUUUGAGUGUUCCAUCACUAAGGAUGUGCCUAAAGUGAUGUGGUUUAAAGGUUCUGACAUUAUAACUUCUGGAAAUAAAUAUGAAAUCAUUGAUGAUGGAAAGAAACACAUUUUGAUAAUAAAUAACUGUGAAUUUGACGAUGAGGGAGAAUACACUAUUGAGGUCUUGGGCAAAACAUCAACAGCUAAACUAAUAGUAGAGGGUAUGAGGCUGAAGUUCAUCUCAGAAUUAAAGGACCUAAUUGUGAAGGAAGGUAAAAUUGCCCGGUUUGAGCUUGAGCUCUCUCAUGAAAAUGUGUCGGUGGUAUGGUACAAAAAUGAAAUCAAACUGCAUCCAAGCAGAACAGUGAUAACCCAUUUUGAAGGAGUAAGACAUGUAUUAGAAAUGAAGGAAGUCACACUAGAUGAUACUUGCGAAAUAAAGGCAGAGGCAAAAGGAAUCACAACCAAGGCUAAGCUGCUGGUCAUAGGUAAUUUUUUCCUUCAUAUUCCUUUCUUGAUUAUAUUUUAUGAUGUAACUUGGAGUUUGAACAAAAAUGCUAAAACACUAAUAAUGAACGAAAGCUAGUAGCCACUGGUAAGCCCUGUGGGAUCGGCUUAUGUGGUGGCCACUACUAUGAAUGUAAAAGCACACUUGUACUGAACUUGUUGAACUAUAAAUUGUUACUAAUUCUCUCUUGGGCAGUACCACUAAGAAACACUUCAUAAAUAGGCAGAUUUCAGUGUGUACAUUUUUGCUAACAUAAAUUAUCU